AGAAGAGCUUAUUGAGUUGACCCUUGCAAGCAUAUGUUAUGUUCUUCUUUCUUUCUUUCUUUCUUAGUGUGUGAACUUGAUCAACUGUAACUUUGUUUUCUAUUGUGUUGUGUGUUCUGUGUUGAGGGUUAUUGUUUGAGAAGUCAAAAAAUAAAAAAAAUGGGAACCCCAUCAUCAGAACAAGAGCUUCUCAAGAAGAUUGAAUGUCUGGAAGCUGGUCAUGCUCAUCUCAAGCAAGAAAUGUCGAAGCUCAAACUCUCACAGCAACGCAGGUCUCACUCCGUGUCACCGCAGCGUUCUAGGUUGGGUGCUGCGUAUAACAAAGGCUCUUCUUCACCUUUGCGGAAGGAGAGUAGCAAUCAAGAUCCUCAACAUCAAAAUGAUGGGCAGUAUCUCAAUAUCUUGCAGUUAAUGGGUCAUUCUGUUCAUAUAUUGGAUCUUCAAUGUCGUAUCAUAUACUGGAACCGUAGUGCUGAAAAUCUGUAUGGUUAUGCAGCAGCAGAAGUUCUUGGACUGGACGGGAUUGAGCUACUUGUAGACCCCAGAGAUUUUGCCUCAGCCUAUGAUAUAUUCAACCAUGUCAAACUGGGAGAGAGCUGGACUGGCCAAUUCCCUGUCAAGAAUAAGAUGGGGGACAAGUUUUUAGCUGUAGGGACCAAUACACCUUUCAAUGAUGAUGAUGGAAGCUUGAUUGGGAUUAUUUGUGUCUCCAGUGAUUCACGACCCUUUCUUGAAACCAGAGUUCCCUUUUCAGUAGUGAAGAAUGCAGAACCAGAUUCGGGUUCCAACUGUCCUAGAAGUAGCAUUGCAAAUAAACUCGGCCUUGACUCUCAGCUGCCACUUCAAGUUGCUCUAGCAUCAAAAAUCUCAAAUUUGGCAUCAAAGGUGAGCAACAGAGUUAAGUCUAGAAUCCGGACUGGAGAAAAUAAUGUCAACCGUGAAGGUGGGAGCGGAGAAAGUCAUCAUUCUGAGCUUAGUUUCUCAGACUAUGUUCUCUCUGAUCAGAGAGAUGAUGGUAACUCCAGUGGAGCUAGCACACCCAGAGGAGAGGUGCCACCAUCUCCUUUUGGAGUAUUUUUUCAUGUUGAAGAGAAAUCCCAAGCAAAAACUAUGAGAGACUAUGGCGAUGAGAGUGAAGGAAAACCUAUUCACAAGAUCAUAACUUCUAAGGCUGAAGCAUGGAUUCAAAAGAGAACAUUAUCAUGGCCAUGGAGAGCAAAUGAUCGAGAAGGAUCUGAGGGAAGGAAUAUUCAUGUUGCUUGGCCUUGGUUUCAGGGAGAUCAAGAAAAUGAGCCAGUUGAUCAGAAGAAUCUUUCUUCUCCAUUGAAGCCAGAAAGCCUGGCAGGUGAGAGUCAUCGACCUGCUAAUAAUGAGGCUUCAGGAUCAUGGUCCUCUUUUAAUGUUAACAGCACAAGCAGUACCAGCAGCUGUGGGAGUGGCAGCAGUUCUGUGGUCAAUAAUAAAGUAGAUGUUGACACUGAUGGCUUGGAUUAUGAAAUUUUGUGGGAGGACCUGACAAUUGGAGAACAAAUUGGGCAAGGUUCUUGUGGAACUGUAUAUCAUGCUCUGUGGAAUGGAUCAGAUGUUGCUGUCAAGGUUAUCUCAAACCCAGAAUACUCAGAUGAUGUGAUACAGUCCUUCAGACAAGAGGUGUCUGUCAUGAAAAGACUUCGUCAUCCAAAUAUUCUUCUCUUUAUGGGGGCAGUAACUUCACCUCAACGUCUCUGCAUAGUGACAGAGUUUCUCCCACGUGGAAGCUUGUUGCGUUUGCUCCAGAGAAAUACAUCCAAACUUGAUUGGAGACGGCGAGUUCAUAUCGCUUUAGAUAUUGCACGAGGUGUAAAUUAUCUUCAUCAUUGCAACCCCCCAAUCAUCCAUCGAGAUUUAAAGUCUUCAAAUCUUCUAGUUGAUAGGAAUUGGAGUGUGAAGGUUGGUGAUUUUGGUCUUUCGCGUCUUAAGCAUAAAGCAUAUCUCACAACUAAGACUGGAAAGGGCACGCCUCAAUGGAUGGCACCAGAAGUUCUUCGUAAUGAAUCCUCAGAUGAGAAGUCUGAUGUUUACAGCUUUGGGGUGAUAUUGUGGGAACUUACAACUGAAAAGAUCCCUUGGGAUACUCUCAACCCAAUACAGGUUAUUGGAGCUGUAGGAUUUAUGAACAAUCGGCUAGAAAUUCCAGAUGAUGCUGAUCCACAGUGGGCUUCUAUAAUUGAGAGCUGCUGGCAUAGUGAUCCAGCUUGCCGACCAACAUUCCAAGAACUGAUGGAAAGGCUUAGAGAACUACAGAGACGGUAUGCCAUUCAGUUCCAAGUAGCCCGGUCUGCUGGUGGGGAAGGCACUCAAAAGGAGUCAUAGCCACAAUCUUUGAGGUUGUUUCUUUUUUGUCACUUGCGGCUGAUGCAUGAAGAUUUUUUUGCAUAUAUUUUACAAAACAUUCCUGAUGAGUAGAUGAGUUGCUACAAACAGCUGGUCUUGGAAGCCCUGCAGCAUUACCGGUUCAAAUUCUUGUUCAUCAACAUUUGCCUCAUAUCAUUCAAUGUUUGGUAAUGGCACCAUAGAAGUGGGAAAAUGGUUACCAAACUCCUUUAGUCAUUCAAUGUUUCUUUACUAGCACCAUAGAAGUUCUUAAAUUUACAAGUGAUGCUGUAUGUUUGGAGUCUUGUGCAUAGGUUUCCAUCAUCACCAUUGUAACUUUAUAUGGAAAUGCUUGUACCACUUUUAGUUGUACAGAAAGUAGGGGGGUGAAAAAUAAGAAAACGAAAGAGCUUUCAUUUUACUACAUAGAUUGGAAUCAGAAAGUGCGUAUACUUUUAUUGUGUUGGUUAUGGUUGGAUAUCUAUCAUUUCCCACUUGAAGCAACAAACAAGGCAACAGCCCAAUAUGUUG